AUGGAUGCGCAAUCCAAGUUCGCCAUCCAUGCUGCCUGCAGAGAGGGCAAGCUUGCAACGGUCCAGUCCCUGCUGAACGCCGAGCCCACGCUCUCCAAGCGCAAGGACGACGACGGACGGCUGCCGAUCCACUGGGCAGCUUCCGCAAACCAGCUGGACAUCACCCAGUUGCUGGCGGAGCACAAGGGUUUCGAUGUCGACGUUCAGGACGAGAUAGGCUGGACGCCGCUCAUGAUCGCGGCCAGCGUCAAGGACAGCGAGAGGCUCGUCGAGUUCCUUCUGAGCAAGGGCGCAGACCCGAACGAGAAGAACAACACAGGCCAGACGGUCGUCCACUUCGUGGCCUCCAAGAACAACAUCGACAUCGCACGCAGGCUCUUCGAGAACCAACCGCCAGCAUCAGCACGGAUUCGUGACAAGAGGGGCCAGUACGCCCUCCACCGGGCCGCAGCCAUCGGCUCCGUGCCCAUGAUAAACCUCCUGAUCAAGAACAAGAGCCCUCUGAACGCGACCGACAGCGACGGGCAGACGGCCCUGCACCACGCGGUCGCCGAGGGCCACGGUGACGCCGCCGUGGCCCUCCUCAAGGCCGGCGCAGAGACGGACAAGCAGGACCUGGAAGGAAAGCUGGCGCUGGACCUGGCGCCCGACAAGGAGGUCCGCAAGUACAUCGAGCGGAUGGCGGAGAACGAAGGCAUCGAGCUGUGA